AUGUCCGACACAAUCUACACACCCCUUGUCCACCCCGACACCCACCCCGCCUUCCACUCCAAAGGCUUCCACCCAGACACCAUCCAACUCCUCCCCAAAGGCCAUGUAAAACAGCCCGGCUUCCAGGCCUUCCCAGUCGAUGUAAUCUGGGAACAAGACCGAGCGAUUCCCAUGCGCGACGGCAUCAAAAUCUACGCAGACGUAUUCCGACCAUCUGAUGGGGAAAAAGUACCCGCCAUCAUCCCGUGGAGUCCAUAUGGAAAGGCCGGAAUGAGUACCCUCAACUAUGACAUUAUGGGACCUUGGCGGAUUGGCAUUCCGUAUCAGUGUCUGAGUGGGUAUGAGACGUUUGAGGUAGUUAUUUUUUGCCCUGGCCCGAAUCCGGCGGAAUGGUGCUCGAGGGGAUAUGCGGUUGUGGAUGUUGAUGCGAGAGGGUCUGGUUAUUCAGAGGGGAAUUUGGUGUUUUGGGGGGAACAGGAAGCAACUGAUAUGUACGACUCGAUCAGCUGGGCUGCUUCACAGCCGUGGUGUAACGGGUCUGUCGUUCUCAUGGGCAACUCGUGGCUCGCCAUUUCGCAAAUCAACUUUGCCUCUCGCUUUACUCAUCCAAACCUCAAAGCCAUUGCACCCUGGGAAGCCCUGACAGAUCCAUACAGCCAUCAAGUCUGUCGAGGGGGGGUCCAGGACUCGUCUGGAUUCUGUGACAUGAUCAUGUCUGGCUUCGCGGGGUGCAGGAAAGCAGAGAAUAUCGCUGCCAUGGCGAAGAUGCAUCCUUUGUUGGAUGAUUACUGGAAGGGGAAGUUGAUCAGAGUUGAAGAUAUUCGUGAUAUUCCCAUGUAUUUGACGGCUUCGUAUUCGACGGGAUUGCAUUGUGAAGGGUCGUUUUAUACCUUUGAACAUGCGUCGACAUCACGCAAGUGGCUGCGUGUUCAUGCAUCGCAGGAGUGGCACGAUCUCUACCGCCCCGAAGCCACCGACGACCUCCAACGCUUCUUCGACUUCUACGCCAAAAACAUCCCCAACGGAUGGGAAACAGACACGCCUCGAGUGCGGCUGAGUCUGCUGGGCUACGACGGCAGUCCUGCAAAGACAGUCGUCGAACGACCAGAAGAGACAUGGCCGCCUGCCCGUCAGCAUCUACGACGGUAUUAUCUCGACGCAGCGGGAAAGUCGUUGGUGGAGACGAAGCCAGCCUGUCCAGCUAGUAUUUCUCACGAAGGACACUCGUUGACAGAGUCAUCUGACUUCACUCUCUUCUUCACCAAACCCACCGAGUUAUGCGGCCGCCCCUUUGCCAAACUCUUCCUCUCCACCACCUCAACAGACAUGGACGUCGUCAUCCAAAUCCGCAAACUCUCCUCUACCGACACGCCCCUGACAUCCCUAAACUGGUCUCCUAUGCCCAAACCCGCCCCGGAAGUCCCAGACGUCAACGUCGCAAAACAUCUCGGGCAACAGGGUAUGCUGCGCGCUUCGCAUGGGAUGUCUCUACGGCCGAGGUCCCACGAAAACGAACUCCCCGUGUACGAUCACGAUCGCGCAGAACCUGUCAAGCCGGGUGAAGUCAUCCCAUUGUUGAUUCCGAUCUGGCCGGUGGGGAUGGUAUUUGAGGCGGGGGAGGGCGUUAUGCUGCGCGUUUCGGGGCAUGAUAUGGCGUUGCCGGAAGUGGAGGGGAUGAGGGUUGAUGAGGCGGUUGAUGAAAAUGAGGGGGUACACACGGUGUAUACGGGUGGGGAGAGGGGGAGUUAUCUUGUGUUGCCUGUUAUUGAGUGA